GAUUUAUUCGUAAUUUUAACGAUUUGAGUUGUAAGAAAUGAAAAAAAUCGUUUUUAUUUGGUUGUUAUGUGUUAUAGCAUCGUCAUCAAGAUAUCCAGGCAUCGAAGAUUUACGAGCGGAAUCAGAUUAUCGUUCGAUCAAACUAAAAUGGCGAUAUCGUUCAUUCAACGGGGUAGAAGGUUUUAAGGUCACGCUAUGCGAAACUACUUCCUGGAAGGUCAAGUAUCCGUGCAAACAACGUCAUCUUCUCCUCAAUGCACCGAGGAAGAAUUCACACGAUUUCGUUCGAAGAUCGACCCUCAAUGGAGGAUUCGAAGCUUCUAUUUACGAAUUAAGAAUGCUGACAAAUUAUAGUAUAUCCGUUCAACCUAUUUUAACUUCUGGAAACAAUGAAGAACUGGCGAAGAAUCGUGCUCUCAAUGUCGAAUCUAAUGUCAUCACCAUAAGCACUAAAGGAUUUUCAGCUCGCACGACACGCUGUUUAGGAAAUGUAACGGAUAUAGAAGUGACGACUGGUCCUUAUUUUCCCGGCAAAAUAGAAGUAGAAGAUAAAUUUGAUAAGAGAUGCGUGACGUAUGGAGAUAAAAGAAGCGGCAGAAGAGUUUAUAAAUUGACGAUUAUGCAUGACGUCUGCGGAAGUAAAACUGUUAACGAUUCAAGAAUCCAAACGUCUAUCGUAGUACACGAGAAUCGAGAAUUGGUGACGCAUAGUUCUCGAAGGUUUUUAGUAGUAUGCAAUUUCUUACCAGGAACACUUACUAUUCAAGCAGCAGUUCAAGUCCCUCGCAAUCAUUCACUGUCCACCUUAAAUUCAACAGGUGCAGAAUCAAACUACGACAAUGCAAUUCAAUCGGCAUCUUCGAGCAAUAUAAGGGAUGCUCGACUUUUAACUCAAGAGAGAACUGCUUCUCUUCAUCAGCCAAAAAUCCGCUCAGAAAACAGAAUUCUGGAUCAAGCAGCAGUGCCAAUUAUUUUGACGAUAUCAGCUUUAAUGGGAAUUGUCAUUUUUGCAUGGAAACAAUUUUAUAAACAGAAGAAAAGUAACGAAGCCUCUUCGUCCAUAACAGAUCAACUAGAAACAGUCGACACGGAAAGCGAUCAUAUUUCUUCAGAUGAUGCCAAAAAACAGGCAAUUAAUUAAUAUUUACAUACUUCUUUGACUUGAAAAGGAUUUAACUACUAUUUGAUGAAAAUGUAAAUAUUCAACCUUUAUCGUUUUAUGGUAAAUCCUUGAAUUGGAUCAGAGAGAACGAAGUGAAUUUUUGCUACUGUUUCCUAUACUUUGGUCGGUUUUAAAUAAAUAUGGUUUUAUAUUUUCUGUGGUGAAAACGCAAUAAUAAUUACAAAGCAAGCUUUACAUUCGUUCCUUGCUAAUAAUUUUCUUUUGAUCAUCUUAGACAAGGUCGAAGCUUAUAAACUAAUACAGUGG